GGGUUUUAACUUGCAGUAUUUUGAGGAAAUCAGACUUCUAACUGGAUAAAUGUGCCAGACCUUGAAAUCUCAGUUUCACUUGGUGCUAGUUUUGACCUCUUGGUUUUAUCUGACAGAGAUUUUUUUUCCUGUGGACGUUGGCAGAAAUGUAAACCAAAUUUUUUAAGAUUGCUUUUUGUUUAAGGAAACGUGUUCCGGAGGAAAAUACAGGUCUUUACCUCUACUCUCCGCCUCUUUAGGUCUGCCCUACAUCUGUCUCCUUUUGGUCCUUUGCAGUCUGCACAGCAGCUUGUACUCUGCCCCAUAUUUUAUUUGGCGGUCCGCAACACUGCUGCGUAAAAGUCGACGCGUUGCGUUUGGAAAUGUAGCUUUUUUACGCACGACGAGUUCUCCAAAAUGGAUUUGCGAUCCGAACUUCUCAAGUCCAUCUGGUACGCUUUUACAUCUCUGGACGUCGAGAAGUGUGGGAAAGUGUCCAAGUCGCAGUUAAAGGUAAGCAGGGAAGGUGGCCUUUAAGGGAAGAAUGAGAUCAGGAAACUCAGAUCGGGGGGGGCAGAAACCGCUUCUAACGACACUACUUUUCCUUACAGCUUGUUUUGCAAUUCCUCUACGUUUCUUUAAAAAUGCUGUGAAAUACCAGGUUGUAUACCAUGUGAAUCGACACUUCAAUCGGAGCAAAAUCAUAACACAAAUCCAAACAUAAGACUGCUUCUGAGACACGUAUUCAGCUCAGCUUGGAGGUGAAAAGUGAUCCCUGUCUCAUGUUUAAGCUCAAAGUCCAAAACUUGUGUUUGUGCCUCAGAAUCACACAUAGAAUCAUAAUACAUUCAAAAUAAGAGGGGGCAACAAAAAUAGAUUUAUCUUGCUUUCUUUCCUCUCAGGGAGUUCUUUCUCUGUCAUGUUGUCACUGGUCUAGUUACUACAUGUUCGACUGAAAUCCCACAGGAAAGAAGAAUCCAGGGAAAUAGCAGAAAUCUGUCCUGACAUGCUCAGUCACUCAGAGCUGUCUGCCACUGCUGGUGUUUGUGUGUGUUUAUGGAUUUAUGGAGAGGUGUGGAGUGCAUAACAGACUACCAGAAAGUUCCCAUAUGUACAUGUAAAAAUAUUCAGUAUAUGUCUCUUUUUUGUUCUCCAGGUGCUUUCCCACAACCUCUACACUGUCCUGAAUAUCCCACAUGACCCUGUUGCCUUGGAGGAGCACUUCCAAGAUGAUGAUGAUGGCCCGGUGUCGAAUCAUGGCUACAUGCCCUACCUCAACAAAUACAUACUGGAUAAGGUACAGUGACCGGCAAGUAAAUCUAUAAACACCAGCCUCUGAUUAUCAGGAACAAAAACAGUGUUACUUAAACUGCACAGAUCUGCUCACAUUGGCAGAGUAGUGCAUUAUAAACCUGUUGUUGUUUUUUGUGAUGACGCUUUUAUACUGUGUUGUAAUUUACACAGCAACCAAAUGCUUGUGAAGACACAAAACCCUAAAAAAGAUAAUAAUCAAAGGAGGGUGACUCAGAAGGCUUUCCAGGUGUGCAGCAAGCAGUUGCCACGUAUCUGAUGUCUCCUGUACUCAAGGUGUGGACAGUUCUAGAUACCCAAAUACAGGUGCAUUAAAACCCAUACUUGAAAAGAAAGCAAGUGUGGAGGCUUCCUGCACACAGCUUUUAACUUUGCUGCGAAGACGAGCAACUAAAUCCCUCUUUAUAUUCAGUCUCUGGUCAGUAUUAGACAGACAGAUAACUGAUGUUAACCAUCUGUCGAAAUGUACAGUACAGGCCAAAAGUUUGGACACACCUUCUCAUUCAAUGUCUUUUCUUUUUUUUUUAUAUGACUAUUUACAUUGUAGAUUAUUACUGAAGGCAUUAAAACUAUGAAUGAACACAUGUAGAAUUUUGUACCUAUAAAAAAAGUGUGAAAUAACCGAAAACAUGUUUUAUAUUCUAGUUUCUUUAAAAUAGCCACUCUUUGCUCUUGAUGACAGAAGUACCUUGUCAGGGUUCCUUCAGGCACUCCUGUGAAGUAAAAACCAUUUCAGGUGACUUCCUCAUGAAGCUCAUUGAGAGAACAGCAAAAGUUUGCAGCGCUAUCAAAAAAGCGAAGAGUGGCUACUUUGAGAAAUCUAAAAUAUAAAACAUGUUUUCAGUUAUUUCACACUUUUUUCUUAAGCACAUUAUUCCACGUGUUCAUUCAUAGUUUUGAGAAUCUACAAUUUAAAUAGUAAUGAAAACACAGAAAAUGCAUUGAAUGAGAAGGUGUGUCCAAACUUUUGGCCUGUACUGUAUAUACAGCAAAGAAAUGAUAAAAUGGCUUUUUAAAGUAAAAUGUUACAUAGAUAGAUUUAAGGUGAAAGUUCAUGAUGCUUUAAUAAGCUCAGUGAUUUCUUUUGUUGAUAAUGUAUGUGGGGUGGUUACCUGGAGGGCUUAAUUGUUGCUUUUUAGUAGCCACGCCCCCUCUUAAAGGUGUUAACAAGGUGGCUGUGACAGUAUUUCGACCUCAUUGUUCCUAUCUUGCCAUAAAACUAUGAAAACUGGCAUUUUGUCUUUACCUGUUUAAUAACUGUUAAAAAUGUAAAACAAAGCUUUUUUGUUUUAUUUAAAAAUAUCUUUUAACAGACUUAAUAUAGACGGGUUUCUUGCGUACCAACAAUACUAGGUGCGUGUGCUACCACGGGGCAAAAGCCUGCUUUGGAGUGAAUUGAUAUCAAUGAAGAUGCUGUACUGUUUGCAAGUUCUCCCUGACACAAUUGCUAUAAAAUGUCAUUUCAUUGCAUCAAAAUCAGAAAAACCCUUGCUGAAAUAUCCAUGAAUUUCACUCAGUUUACCAGGUUGUGACGUUGCUUUAGAUAUUUCUAAUAUCAGGAGCAGGGUCCUAAUGUUUGCCGAUUGUUUGUUUUGCCGAUUCGUGCAGUUUACAGCACAACAGCUCCUUGUCAUUUUCUUUCUCUGUUGACUCCGCUAGUAAACAGAUAAGAAAUGUCCCGCUUUCUGCCCCAAUGCUGUGCCCAAUACUUUACAAGCCAAAAGAAGACCUGAAAUGUUUGCAGUGAUCCAAGAAAUGUCCCAACAGGACAAGGAAAAAAAUCAAGGGUUUCAUUAGGUUUCUAGAAAAAGACAUAAUGUUGUAAUUUAAGAAACUUAAAAAGACAAGUCUCUUGUCUCAUUUGUAUAGUUUUUACUCCUCACAAGUAUUUCAGGUGGGCUUGUAGCAUCUUGAAAUUAGGCGUUUGUCUUGACUUGUCAGGUGUAUGCUGCAUAUAUUAAGUUUAACUUAAAGCUUUUUAUUACUGGAGAUAAAACAAAAACAACCUGCUUAGUUUUGCACUUUUCCUGUGUUAAAACUUAAGCUCAUAUGCACCUUCCUGCUGUUUUACCAAAUGGAAUUCAUCCACUGCUGAAAAUAGUUGGUAAUGCUCAGCUUUUGUUUGUCUUUUAGAGUGGUCAAAACACUUAAAAGUAUUUAUAUGACUUGGUUUUUAAGUCAUUUGAGUUUCAUAUCAGCAGGUAGGCGAGGAGGCCAGAGUUUGUGUUUCCAAAUCAGCAUCAUGUCUGUUUCAGUCAUUGUGAUUCGUUUUCAUUAAAAUUAUUAUAAAUGUUUUUGUGUCUCUCAGGUCAAAGAGGGGAUGUUUGACAAGGAGAAGUUUGACGACCUGUGCUGGAUGAUGACCAGGAAGAAGAACUUUAAGGGUGUACCAGAGGGGGCCCUGCUAUGUGAAAGAGACUGUUUUAAGCUUUUCUGCUUAUUCAACCUCCUGUCUGAGGACCGCUACCCGCUGGUGAUGAUACCAGAGGAGGUAAAGGAUGGAAAGUUGACGUGUGGAGCAGAAAAAAAAAUAAGGCAACUUAAUUUGAUGUGGUUUAUGCUCAUAUUAUCAUGGGAUAUUUACAUAUGUAAAUACAAAAUACAGUCAUUUUAACUUUGGAUGGAAAAAAAUAGUCGAAUUUUGAUACAAAAUCUGAAAUAAGAGUAAAAAAAUGUCUUCCCCUAAUAAUUUCAGACCAAAUAAAUACAAAUACAGCAACAGAAAUACAAGGCAGAAAGGCUUUCUGGGCAAAAACAUGAGGCACAAAAAUACCACAGUCCAUAUAAUCCCACAUAUGUCCCUCUAAAUCCACAUAUUUAGCAUUUUAACUGCAGAAGAACAUGCAAGUGCAAGUAAGUGAGUUAAUGAGUCUCUUCCUUCCUGCACUUCCUCGUUAAUUCUUUCCGUUUCCUGUCUAAAGAGACAAAAAUAAACUGCUUUGUACCAUCAGUGUGGUAAAUUCCUUUGUAAACAUAUAUGCUGCACAUAUAGACUGAUUCAGAGUGUCAUCAAAACUAGUAUCAGCAUCAACGUUGCACCUCUUUUUAUGAAUCAAAUGUGUCGUUUCUGAGAUCUGUCUGCAGACACUGACACUUUGAUGUGGUUUGAAUCCUUUCAGCUGGAGUAUCUCCUCAAAAAAAUCUCAACAGCAAUGGGCCAGGAGUGGGAUGAGAAGCCCCUGGAGGAUGUUUUAUCCCAGGAUGCCGUAGCACGGGAUGAAGGCAUGUCUGUGUGGAGCUUCUUAGAGCACGUUAGCGUGGGCCGCCUGCUGAGAAUCACUAGCGCUGAGGCCUUCAGUAUAGCUCUGGAUGAGGUUUUUCUGGAGAUGUAUCACAACGUCCUGAAGAGGGUGAGUUUCUGUUUUUUUUGUGUCCUCUUUCUCACCUUGCUUGUCUUUCUUCUUCCUUCAUUUCUUUCCUUGUUUUCAGGGUUAUAUGUGGAAAAAAGGGCAUGUAAGAAGGAACUGGACUGAGCGCUGGUUUGUGCUGAAGCCCUCAUCUAUGGAUUACUACGUCAGCGAAGACCUAAAAGACAAGCGAGGAGAGAUCCUGCUGGAUAAGAACUGUGUGGUAGAGGUUGGUGAGGAGAUGUAAUGAUGACAAUGAAUGUUAAAUACAAUUGUGUUAAAGACCAGAGUUUUAUCAGAAAGUUAAAUGUGUAAAAUCUGACAUUUUCAAAAGGCAUCACCUCUUACUUUUGCAGCCUAUUCCUGACAGGGAGGGGAAACGCUGUAUGCUCUGUGUCAAAACGCACAAUAAAACCUUUGAGAUGAGUUCCUCAGACCAGAGACAGAAGGUGGAGUGGACUCAAGGUGUGUAAGUAUUAGCGUACAGACUCACUUCUAUUCUCAACUGCUGCUAUUGAUCAUGCUGCUGGCUUUUAAUCUGAGACUUUUUAAAUGAAAUUUUCAGACAUUUUGGGAUUAAAUCUUUUUUAAUGUCUGUCGAAAGUAGGAUUUAGGUUUUGCACUGCUGCCACGGCGAGGACAGCAAUUACUCACUGCGAGCAGAGCUUUUUUAUCCUUUGGAAAAAUGUUGCUAACAGAGAUUUGAGAUCUGUGAUCCAUGCCAAACAGAACCAUAGAUUUGUAAUAGUGUAUCCAAUUCACUGAAAGGACUUAGACAAGCAUCCUCCCCUCACUUAUCAGCUGUUACAAAUUCUUGCAGUGGUUGUUUGAGAGGUAUAUUUUUCAAAAAAAAAGAGUGAUCUGUGGGUUUUUUUUAUUAUCUUUGGGUCAAAAAAUGUCAUUUUUAGAGCAAGUACACAUCCAAAAAAGUAGUUUUUAGUCCAACUAAUAGUCCAAAGUCCACAGAUUUGUAAGGAGUAAUGUAAAAUGAGCUGGUUAUGCAAAUUAGAUUCUGACAUGGUGAGCAGAGUCCACUGGAGGUGGAUGGGUCUGCUGCAGAAGUAAAUGUUGUCAUGUGUCAGGUGGCAAGCCCUUGAAAUUAAAUGAGGCAAAAUUCACUCAACUUUUAACACCGUUUAAGUUACUUUAUAUUGAUCUGCAACUCAAAAGAUGCAUUCUCCUGCUUUGCUGUUGUUGUCUGGAUUGCAGGACAUUUUUUGUCAACAGGCAGAGGUGAUGGACUUCUUUCCCUGGAUUGGAUUGAUUUGAAAUGAUGUGUAUGAUCAGGUGGUCCUUGGAGUUUUGGUUAUUUUGGUCUGAGUUUGAUUUCUAAUAGCUACGUCACAUCCGGGAAUGGUCACUGAGGGGUGUGGUUUUGGGAUGUUUGGCGGGUUGUUUAAAUCUCACCGGUGUAGUCAGAUAAUGGUGUGGUAAGCUCUGAUAAUUUUUCACCGUUUCACUCAUCCUGUUUUAACCUCAUUUCAUCAUAUCACUUUUUCAUUUGAAGGCGAAGGUUUGGGACCCAGAUCAGCGUGUUUUCUUACCUUUUUUGAACUAUGAAUUACUUUUUUAACACUCAAACCGGACUGAUAAUUGAACAAGUCACAGAUGCAACCGAACCUAAACCCCAGCGGUCUUUGUUGUUGAAGGAAAGCAGUCGCUACAAUGUGUGCGUUUUUUUUACCUCCUUAGCCAUUCAGACCGCACUCCGUCUCCAGAGCGAGGGCAAAACCUCCCUCCACCAAGAACUUAAACUGAAGAGGAGGGUCCAUCGGGAACACAGGCAACGGGAGCGCAGCAGGAGCUCCCGGAGUAGCUGCAGCAGCCGCAGCAGCCAAUCAGACGACUCCAGUUUUCAAGAGCUGGAGAAGUUGGAGAAAGACAAAGACAGACAGGAUUUGGAGAUAGAAAGCAUCAUACAGGUAAGAGAGGCUCAGUGAGAGUAUGAUAAAUUCAACUUAAAUAACACUUAAGUUUUCAUGUUGCUUUUGUGUUUCGCAGCAUGCACGUGAACUGGAAACCAGGAGGAGAGAGGCGGAGGAGAAGGAGAGGCGGAAACAGAAAGAAGUGCAGAUGGAGUUGGAGAGACAGCUGAAAGAGGCAGAGACAGUAAGAGAAAGUUUUAUGAAUUCCUGGGAGUGCAUUUAGAGUCCACGCCAUAGAAUUUAAUCUCUGCAAACAGCACAAGAACAGUGCCAUUAUAAAACCCAGACUCAACCUUUAGAGAUUUUUAUGGUGGUGAAAUGGUUAUAGCAUUCCUGGAAAAGGUGAUUCAGGAAUAGGUCAGUUCUUUCCACACCAACUAGAAUGCGUGUGCAUGUGUUUAUCCAGCUGAGAGACAGCAUGCAGGCCGAGAUGCAGGAGAAGAACAGAGAGGCUGAGCAGCAGAAGAAGAGGAUCCACGAUCUGGAGCUGACGCAGCGGAAACUGGAAGCUGCUCUCCAUAUGGAGAUCCAGGCCCGGCUGGAGGAGGAGAGGGCCAGACAGGAGCUGGAGAGGUAACAACAGACACACACCUGCUUUUACUCUGUACCACAAACCAGAUGUUUGCAAAGUCCAACAGUGAGAUCACCCUCCUUUUAUGGCUUUUAUUUGGAGUCACAUAAAGUCAUAGUUGAUUCUACAGUCACUAUUUCUUCAAUAACUUUUCAGCUUUUAUUGUAAAGCAGACCCAGAGAAGGAACAGUCAAAGAGGUUAAACCAUAUGUUUUAAUGUAUGCAGGUGUUUUGAGAGGUAUAAAAUAUCCGGUUUUCCCAUAAUUUCUUUUUUUUUUUUGGUUUUUCAAACAGCUGUCCAUUCUAUUUUUAAGGUUUUACAAUUUAUAUCAUAGCAGUCUUUUAUUUACUGGUUUACAAGAGGGUUUUUUUUGUUGUUGUUGUUAAUGUCGUCUUUCUCAAUAAAUCACAAUAAAUCAAUAAUUUUUUUUAUUUUGUAGAUGAAUUUACGAUUUCAGCAAGAAGUUGGUCUGAAUUAAAGUGUUAUUUUCCCCAAUUAUGUUCCUAAAUUUUUAGUGUGUCCAAACAAAAGCUUCCAUUAGGUCUUUUCGACAGAUUUACAACCUGGUUUAGAAAGAUAUUUUUUUUACACUGCUGUAAAAAUCUAAAAUACAGUCAAAACUAAAAAAUUUCCUUAAGUAUUUUAUAUGAAACCUUUGCAAAGGGGUCGGCCAUGUCAAACCCAGAGUACAACCAAGACCAACUACAAAUUGAGUGUCUGUUACAUAUGAUGCAGGGUGUCUGCUAUGUAUUAAAAAGUAUUAAAUAUAAGAAACUAACACAGCAAAUUUUUAGGCCAUUAAAGCAUUUAGUAUGCCUGAAUUUGGUGCACAGAGUGUAGGUGUCAGUGGAGCUACUGAAGAAACAGCUUCUUUUUUUUAUUUUACACACACUCUCCUUAAAAAAAACGAUACAUUUGACCAUAAAAGUCAUCAAAAGAGAUUUUUUAAAAUCACAAAACACGACCUAAACAUGUACAGAACAAUAAAAAUACUGAUUUUUCCACAAGGGGGCACCAAAAUUGACAAAAACUAAAAGUCCCUCACAGGAGCUUUGAACUGAUAGUUUUACAAUUUGUUAAAAAUCCACAGUUAAAAAAAACUUCUUUAAAUCUAUAGUAAUGUUGUAGUUAAAAAAAAAAGUUGAAAAGUGUGUCUGUCAUGUUCAGUUACUGCUUAAAAUUGUGUUUAGGUUUUAAAAAUAUGUUGAAAAGGUGUGGAGUUUAGCAACAUGCACAUGCUAUUUUUGAUCACCUCUUUCUACUCUUCACCAGGUUGCUGCUGGUAGAGGAGGAGAAGAAGAAGCAGUUCAAGCUCCUGCAGGAGCAGCAGAGAUCCCUGAAGGGCCUCAGCACCAUACAGGAGGCCCCAGACGGCAGCAUGGACGAGGACGCUCCCUCAGCUCUUCACUCAGCCUCCAUGGAGCUCCAGGACCUGCGGGCAUCUCGCCAAAGGAGCCACCAACGCCUGGAGGUAAGAAGGAGACGGUGUGUUUAGAUUAGCUCAGUUUGCAGCACCUUAAAUCUUCUCAUGAUUUAUUCACUGUAAUUCUUUUUGUUUAGGAAGUACAAGAGAGGCUGAGGAACGCCAGUCAACAUGUGCGGCACUGGAACGUCCAGCUGAACCGCCUGAUGACACCCCUCAGUCCUGGAGGUGCAGUAUACUCUAAAUACGGUUCUACCAAAUAAUGACAACAUUUCAUCCGUAGCACCUUAUAAACCAGAGUUUUUGAGGUAAAUGAAAGUUAACUUUGACAAGUUCAAAAUACAAAAGUUACGAGUGAUUUAGAGAUACACUUAUCACCUCUGCAGCUGUUGCCUUGAUUGCAGGACAGGAUCUUGCUUUUCUUUUUUCUACCAGAUAUGGCUAUGGUCCAGUCGUUUCCCAGAAUGCUGUCAUAUCUAACUAUACCCUGUUUGUGUUGUUUAUGAACCCCAAUUAUUUCCUGACUCUCAAGACUAGCCUGAGUUGCUGCAAUGUUUAUAUUUUUUGCAAACAUAAAACACAUUUAUAUCUGAAAAAAACCCACUUAACACCAACAAUAACAAAAAGAUCAAAUUAGGACUUUUUUUUCGUAGAAGCAAGGUUAACAAAAAACAAAAAGGAGAAAUGGGAACUAGCAUUUUGACAUAGUGUCAACAGGUAUAGGUGACAUAAGCUAGAUUACUCUCUGCAGACUGCAUUAUUAGGUUCAUCCCGGCAGAGCUUUUGCUAUUGAGAAUUAUUAAAUAUAGUUUUCAGGUUUUGAUUAUUCAAAAUCAAGUAUUCAGCUCGGAAAGGUAAUUAUCUAUCAAGAAAGCUGGGCAGUAACACAAUUUAUUGUGCCGUAGAGAUGUUUGUUUUCUCUUUUGAAAUGCUUUUUAAUCUUUUAAACAUUUUUUAACAUAUAUUGGACACAUACAACCAAGUGCGAUUACUAAAUAUUGACACAAAAAUGAGAAAAAACUUUACUCAAUUCUGCAAUUCUUUAAAAAGGAUGUGAAAGUGUGAGAGUGUGCGUUUCUAUUUACUUUCCAUAGUCAGACUUAUAGACAUACAGAGUGAAUAACCAGCAAUUGUUACAUGAGUUAUAAAAAUGUUCUCUGAUAUUUAUUUUGAUGUAGAGCUGCAUCAAAAUACACUCAGAGUAUUCACAUGCUUAAAGUUUCCUUUAAUGAAUUAAGGUAGGAAACUGGAAUAUAAAUAAAAAGUUGCUGGGUUGAGCAACCGUUAUUAAUUUUUUUCUUGGAUCAUUGUGAAGCUUUACACUAAAUUUUACUUGAAAUAGUUAUCAUACUUUAAAGACAACACUCAUACUUACUGAUAUUGUGUUGUUUUUCUAGAACGUUUGGAACAUCGCUUAUCUUCUAAACGCACGUGUCCCAAAAAGGAAGGAGCUCUGGCAAGUAAUGAGUUCAUCACUAAGUUGAAGACAAGAUCCAAUCAGAGCAUGCAGAUACCGGAAGACAACGACGAGAGACUGGAGGAGCAGCUGGAGGCCGCCAAGCUGUCCGACGGAUUGGAUGAUAUGCAGGAAAAAGCCAACGGACAAAUGUGAUUUCCAAGGUGCCAGAAGUUUCCAAAUCUGAGUCCAGACAUUACAAAGGAAUGUUUUUAUUGGUUAAAGGCAGAGGCGAAGUUGGAGAUAGUAUGCUUAAACAAAGGUUAUUUGUAUUUAUGUGGUGAAAUGCAAACGAAGAUUGUGCGUGAACAUGAGCACAGCGUGAUGCAGAAUUUGAAGAGUAAGAUUUACAAUUUUGUACAAUAAAAGUUUUAUUGAUGAAUUGAUGAAGACAUGGA